CCGCCAUUACUCUAGUAAUGAUCUGUCAUCGCAGAUUGAACAAAUAAGCUUGUUUUGUUUGCUCUAGAAAUACAAACGGUUCUAGCAUUUCUGAGACCUUCGCUUAUAUUUCCGUCAGCCUAUUACGGCCACUUUUAGUAGUGCCUAUCAAUCCAAAAUCAGGGAGGCGACUUCACCUGCUUCACCUAUCAAACUCAUCAAACUGAACCGUAGCAACAAGGUUGUUUUCUCAACGACGCCAGCCAGGAUUGAACCCAGGUCAGCUGGGUGUAUUUCGGUGUUGUUACCGGACAGUUCAGUGCUGGAGACGCUGGAGACUAAUGAAGUGAGAUGGCGUUUGUUAGCAACAACUUUGACCAAUGUAGCUUUUGCACCAAUAUAUGCAAUGAAGAAUUCCAUCGCGUGUUGGUCCCCUCUCACCCAGACCGGAAGCUAGAAACUAUCCUGCAGGAGUUGAACAGUUCCACUUCCCAGUUGACCAGUUAUCCUACAUGCGGCAAAUGCCACCAAGAGUUCAUCACCGUUCACAACAUUCCCGAGAGCUGCUUCCAAACUUUUCCUAAUGCCAAACCGAUUGACAUUAAGAUGGAACCAGAGUUAAUGUUUGAUGACCAAGAUGAGCCCUCGGAUAAUGGUCAGAUUUUUGAGAGAAACUCAAAAGUGGAUGAAGAUGACAACAUGUUAUUGAUUCCAGCGGCUGGAACAAAUACACGAAGAAUAGGAGAGAAACCGUUUCGAUGCGAAAAGUGUGGGAUGACAUUUAACUCAAAAGUGAGGCUAAAGGUGCACAUUCGAACUCAUACAGGUGAACGUCCGUAUCCGUGUCCACAUUGUCAGAAGGCAUUUAGGGAUUCUACAGCUCUCCGAGUGCACAUUAGAAGUCAUACGGGUGAACGUCCCUAUUCGUGUUCACAUUGUCCGAAAGCAUUUGGGAUUUUAACAACGCUCCGAAAACAUAUUCGAAUUCAUACGGGCGAACGUCCUUUUGCUUGUCCACAUUGUCCGAAAGCAUUCAUGCAAUCUUCAGGGCUUCGAUAUCACAUUCGAUCUCAUACAAAUACAGAUACAUGUUCGCUUCACUGUCCACAUUGUCCGAAAGUGUUUAAGAAACAUAUAACGCUCAAAGAGCACAUUGGAACUCAUUCGGGAGAAAAACCGUUCAAAUGCGAAGUGUGUGAAAAAACGUUUACCUUAAAUAGAACACUAAAAAUGCACAUUCGAAUUCAUUCGGAUGUAUUUAGAGAUGCUUCAACGCUCCAAAAGCACAAUCAAACUCAUACGGAUAAUCGUUCCUAUUCUUGUCCACAUUGUCCUGAAGUAUUCAAGAAUCGUAGAACGCUUCGAGAGCACAUUGGAACCCAUUCGGAUUUGUUGGAAACGUAUAAACGGAGUGAAACUGAUUUGGAUGCUCCGCAAGAGGAAGAUCACAUACAGUUACAAGCGGUAGAAAAACCGUUUAAAUGUGAAAUGUGUGAAAAAACAUUUUCCACAAACCACAGACUAAAAGUGCACAUUCGAACUCAUACGGGUGAACGUCCCUUUUUGUGUCCACAUUGUCAGAGAGCAUUCAGGGCAAAUACAACGCUCAAACAGCACAUUCGAAGUCAUACGGGUGAACGUCCCUAUUCGUGUUCACGCUGUCCGCGCGCUUUUGGAAGUAUUUCAAUUCUUCAAAACCACAUUCGAACUCAUACGGGCGAACGUCCUUAUCCGUGUCCACAUUGUCCGAAAGCGUUUAAGAGAUCUGAAUCGCUCAGGCACCACAUUAUAUAUGUUGAGUGGUUCGCAUCCUUAAUUCUAGUGAACUAUGUAAAAGUAUUUCCAAUGAUGAAUACAUCCUGCCUGGCAUGUCGGAUAUGCACAUCUGGCAUGGUUACCAUUUACCAGCAUCCAAAUGGGCUAGACCAGAUGUUUACUUCCGUUACUGGUAUUGAGGUGGAGGACGAGGAUAAUCUGUGUAUUCCAUGUUACGAUGAUUUGAAGGCGGCUCAUAUUUUCAAACAAAAGUGCAUUCAAAACAACAUUCUUCGAAUAAGUCGAUCAAAAACUGCCGCAAAAUGUUCAGACGGCUGUGCAGCAUCUGAGUCUUUGAAACAAUCAAUCGAGGAGGAACAUAUUCCGGAAGAGGAGAUCACCACCACCUCAGACAUCCUCGGCGAGCUUUUGGAAGAUAGAUCGGAGCUAUCCGAAAAUGAUGAUUUGCAAGAUCAUAAAGAUAUCGAGGAGAUUAAAUUGGAAGUUUCACGAUUACAUUCCACGGGAAAGGAUCCGCCCAUGCCUGCAGAAGACGACGAUCUAGAAUUGAACCAGCAGAAUACUGAAACUAUCGAUGCUGACCAUAUUGGGAUAGUGAAGGAGGUGGAGUUGAUAAGCUGUAAAAAAUGUAACGAAGCUUUCAGCAGAAGUUCUUUGUUGCAGAAACACAUGACAGCUUUUCAUCAAACGGAACAGUCGGAUGAAAAUGAGACCCUUGUCCCAGGGGCACUGGCGACUCUGCCAGCCAUUCACACCUUAAUGUGCGAAUAUUGCUUCCAAGAAUUUUCGAUCAUGAGUGAGAAGUUUGAGCACGAAGUGUUGCACAUGUCUGAAUCGAAACCAUACAAGUGUCCCUACUGUCAGGGUACGUUUAAGGAUAAAGUCGGCCUUCGCAGCCACGUACGAAUUCAUUCCUCGGUCAAGAGGUACAAGUGUCAGUAUUGUGAGAUGCGGUUCCAUCAGAGAGGGAACUUGAAGGCACACGAAAGAACUCACGCCGGCGUAAAGCCAUUUCUUUGUCCACACUGCGGAAAAGGUUUUGCUGAGAGCGGUAAUCUGAAGAACCAUAUUCGUCUGCACACAGGCGAACGGCCGUAUGCUUGCUCCGAGUGCCCAAAGCGUUUUCGUACACAUUACUCGCGAACGGUUCACUUGCGCUCGCACAAAAACGAUCGUCCCUUCCAGUGUUCGGACUGUGGGAAAGGAUUCUAUUCGUCGGGAAAGCUAAUCAUCCAUCGGAGGGUACACAGUGGAGAGAAACCGUACAAAUGUGGUACUUGUCCGGCUAAGUUUGCCGAUAGUAGCGGACUCAAGAGGCACUCCCGCACACAUUGAGGGAAAGCGUUGGUCGUUGUGAAUGAAACUGAACGAACAAAAACAUCAUUAAAGUGGGAGACAGAAUAUGAGAUAUGGUAGAUAGGGGCAAUAUGGUCCCCCUAAGAACGAAACGUCCUAAACCACGUAGAAACAUUUAUAAAUUAUGCUACAUGUUAAAACAUCACGAUUUGAAACCUUAUUGAUCGAAGUAAAUUGUAUGAAUAUGCUUUAGAAAAAAAUUAUGUGGAAAAUUUACACUUUCAAAAAUGUGUUCCAUUUCCGUCAAUCGAAAGCACUACGGGGCAAAAUGGGCCACCAUGCGGGGCAAUAUGAUCAUGUUAGUUGAUUCAAUCAUUUGAGCAUGUUUUCGCUAGGAAAAAACAUAACAAGUUCAUAAAAGGAAAGUUUAUACUAUUUUGCAACUAUCACGUAUGUUUCAUUGGGUUUUAUUCAGUUAGCAUGUACAAAAUAUAACAAUGUGAUCAAAAUGAUUGGACUGCAAUUUUUCGUUACUCGAAGCAGGAACAGAGAAUAUCUGUGCCGUUAUGUACCCAUCCAUCGCCGCCCGUAGAGGAACUGAAUUGUACCGGCAGUAGCAACAUAGGGAGUCCUGUGGAAGAUUCUAUGAUGGUUAUUCCGUGUUCAGCACUUAGCGCUCAGCUGAAGUUAUAGCGCUCUUCUGCCUUUUUCCCCGCAUUGAAUUUUGGCAUUUCUGGUCUGCACCUGUUGAAUGAAAAUAAUAAUUUUUAGUUUACUUGCUUCUCCUAUUGACUGGAAUCACUGAAUUCUCAUCGACGUUGAAUUGCAUUACUGGUGGAAUGUUGUAUUUCUGUUGUACGUCCUCCAGUAAAUCGUUGAAUUUCCCGAAUGCAAUGCGAUUGAAUCUUUGUGCCCUGGCGGCGGAGGUUGCUUCUUUUGUUCGAAGAGAGAGUUGUGGGUGGUGCUUUCGAAAACCAGCCCACCAAUCUAUUCCGGCUAAUUUGGCUAUUGGGAGGGCGAGGAAUAUCAUUUCUUUCGGCCAAAUCAUACGCCAGCUUCCGAAUUUCUCUUGUCGUAACACCGUAGAACCGCUAUUCCAUAGCGAUAAUAUUGCUCCGUCGUAAAACAUCACCAAACGAUUCGAACAGCUGGAGCUGCAAAGGAUCUGCACAAUGUAAAUAACGUUCAAGUGUUUCUCGCGGGACACAAUGCACUAAGACUGCAUGUCGCACUGACGUAACACUUUUCACCGCUUCGAUUGCCGCGUUCAAGCCGUUCUUUGACCACUUUUUACGAUCGGAUGUUCUGGUAUAAUUCCGCAGCAUGAUUCCACAUCUAGCUAUUUCCAACUAUGUUUACAAA